AUGAAGGAGGGCUGUGAAGAAGAUAUACCGGAGAAUAUGAGGAAGAUGGAUGAGGAUGAAAGAGAGAAACAACUUUCGGCGACGAGCGACGAAAUAAACUCAUCUUCGUCAGAAGAAAGCAGCAAGAAGAGCGAUAAAGAAGAUGACGACUUUGACUACGAAGAAGUCGUCUUAGGUGUCACAGAUUCCAACAAAGAAUCACGGAGAGAUUCAAAGACAGACGAAGAAGUAGAGAAUACGGUGUUAAAAGUUACAGAGAAAUUAGCGCAAACAGAAGAAGAUGAAAUUCUUUACAGAGAAGAUCAUAUAUCUGAUGUCACAGAAGAAGAAAAAUCUAUGCCCACAGAGGAAGAAAAUUCUGAAAUAGAGGAGGAAAUCGAAGAAGAUUAUAUUUCAUCGAGUAAUGAAGAAGAAGAUCGAGAACCUUCAAAUUUCACAGCAUCUGCUGGGAUGGGAACAAACAAGUUUAAAUCAAAAUAUAGGUCUGUCCGUAGUCUGUUUGGUGAGGAUGAAGCCUGCUACAUCAUGGACGCCAAGGUUCAAGGGAAUAUUGGCAGAUAUCUGAAUGUAAGGGAAUGUACGAUAACACGGGUCUUGUAG